AUGGCGGCCUCAACGACAUCGUCGCACUUCGUCAACGUCUAUCAGUCAGUCGACAAAACUAAACGUCCCGUUACCAUAUCUCUGGCAGUCGCGAGCUCGGCGCCCUCACUAUCUGGCGAUACGGAGGAAAUUAAGGCUACGCUACCCGAAUACUACACUGCACCGCCAUGGCGUCUUCUCUGGGAUGAUUUGGUGCUCUUCAUUAGAUGCAUCGGUUUCAUCCCCUUCGUCAUCUCUCCUCUAUGGUACCCUCGGCGAGAGGGGGUCCGAUACCCAAAGCUCGACAAGUCAUGGGUGCCGAGAUGGCUCCUAUGGGGCCCCAUCGAUAGCGCCAUCUCGGCCAUUCAAACCUGGUAUCAAGGCAAAGUCGACCCCUACUAUCCCUCCGGCGAGAUGGAUGAGCUCUAUCCUUCGGUCGGAAACCUUUGGUGUCUCUUCAUACACGGCAUCCUCAUCGUGACGCAACUCGCUUUCUUAAUUUCGCUGCCGUUUCUUGCGACCCUUCCCUUUCAGCUCUUCGUCCUUUACAUCGGCGGAUUCAUCUUCGUCAACUAUAUCUUCUGCUUACAGCUCAACGCCGGAACCGAGAACAACUUGCUCAAAUCCCAGCAUGCUCUGUGGCCGGAGGCGGCUAACUGGAAAUCGCUGGACCCCGAAGAGAACUACAGCGAAGAAUGGAUUUUUCUCAACGGCGUGUCCGUUGGGUCUGGAAUCAUCUUCGACCUUAUCCAGUGUCUCUUAGAACGAUGCUUCUACUUUGGUACCUCGGACACCAGAACUUGCUAUGCGCUCAUCACAGCUGCCCUGGAUCCUGCACAGAAGAAAGACAAAACCGUUCUCAUCCUUCACUCCCAAGGCGGCCUUGAGGGCAGCAUCAUCCUUGAUUGGCUCCUCUCCAACUACCGCCGAGAGACCUUGCAUAAGCUGGAGAUCUACACUUUCGGUAACGCCGCCAACCACUUCAACGAUCCCGAAACCUCUCAAAACGAACACGUUUUCGGGCACAUCGAGCAUUAUGGCAACACUGGUGAUUUUGUAUCCCAAUGGGGAGUCAUUCAUUUCAAGUCUCUAGUUGCCGAGCAAAGCAACCCUCAGCCAAUGGAUGGAAGACACCCCUUCUUGCCCAUCGUUGACGACAUCUUACGCCUGGAUAAGAGACAGAACACCUUUGCUGGACUACUUUUCGAGAACAACGUGUUGGGUCACCUGUUGAACCAGCAUUAUCUCGACCGACUCUUUCCCUUGAAUGAAACCCUGACUCGCGUCGUGGAGAGCAAGGGAAAGCCUCUGAUGGAAACCUUCAUGGCUAGGCCUAUGAGAGCUGGAAACGGCACUUGCGACGUCGAAGGGCACAAGGUUUGUCAAAAAAGCAGACUAUGGGAGUACAUCAACGGUAAAAAGCCAAAGGAUUAUGAUUUGCAGCAGUCAUAG